AUGGGGCUCAAGGAAAAAGACCGGCUCCAACGGCACUCGUUGGCCAUCUCCGAGCACAGCCUUCCCGAUCGGUUGACCCAGGCUUUGAAAGCUCUACGACCCGGGAACAUCACUCAAUCGGCCAGUGGAAUGGCUCCAUUUAAGAAUCAUAAGAACAAAAUGGGCUCCACCGUCGACGCAUCCGAUGACGUCGUUUUUAUCCAGGGCGACAAGCCGGCGCAUCCGAUUGGACGAUACCAGAAGUCACCACUGAUCCAAAAAGCACGCUCCGUACUCGAACGGAAUUCCGUGGCCGGCGGAUCGCCUCAGCUCUCGGAGCGGAAUCCAUUCCACGAGCCCGCCCUGAGCAGCUUGGAGCAAGUCCGGAAUUUAUACAAGAGUGUGCCCAACGUCAAUUAUGAGUGUGUGACGAGCCCGGAGCCUGUCGAGGAGGACGAUGGGUUUUCGUCAACGAGAUCACCAACAGAUUCUGGCUACCGGUCGACGCCUCGACUUGAUCGGGUCCCUGAUCGACCGGACGUGGCUCAUUUGUCAGCCAACUCAAACUCCCUCGGAGCUUCUUCUGGCUCGGGAUCCUCUAGAGCCGGCUUCCGAUCCAGAGAGGUGGUUUCUGUUACCUCAGAACCGGAAGUAAAGAGUAGUCCAAAGAUUCCUAUGCGAAAUCAACGGCCCCGAGUUUCUUCCCCUAUUUCGAGCCCACCAUCUACAGUAGGCUCAAGGCCCGAAAGACAGCAGCCCUACAACCGUAGCCAUGUGGACGCCGUUCUCGAAUCAAGAAGAUGCAAAUCAUUCGCGAAUUACAUCGACAAGGCUGUCGUCGCAAGACUUCAUCAAGUGAUGGUCGAGCCCCUCGAUGUUCUCACCGAAAAUUUGCAAAGACUCGUCGCGUACAGCGUCAAAUGUACCGCUCAAGAUGUAGCUUCAGCGAUUAAGAUCUCCUUCCCACUCGAUCUGUUCGCCAGUUGCUUGAGGUCAGGGCAAAAGGCGGCGUCGGCUUUUUCAAGGAAUGGACCAGGCGCCCUCUCAAUGUCCCUAGCCGAGCGAGCAGAUCUCUGCUUCCCGGUCGGCCGAUUUUACCGUUAUUUAAUCGAGAAACUGCCCGGGAAACCGAUCUCCGAGCAUGCAGUCGUCUUCUUUACCGCCGCCGUCCAGUGUAUCCUCGAGGAGUUCGUGCUGAGAAUCGUCGAUUCAGACUCCCCCGAAGUGGUCCAGCUGAGCCGGACCGGGAUUCGAAGUCUGCACUAUUUUGCGUGCGGUCCCGGCGUUCCACAUCAGUCAACCAUUCACAUUGCCGAUUGGGUGCGGUUAAUCUACGCUUUUGCCGAGCAUAGAUUGUCUCCGACGGUUGAUGAAGUGGAUAUCAUGCAGGCUGCCCGUCUCCUGCGUGGUGUCGAUUGCCCACCGCCUUCUGCUUCGCUCUGCAGAAGGGAGCUGGCCGCGGAUGCGGGACCUCAAGACGCGAAGAUGACCUUUGCUUUCGGGUUGAUCGCUACAGGUAACGCCGAGAACGUUCGACACGGGAUCGCACUGCUUGAUGCCGAGCGGAAUAACGCCAGGAGUUGCUUUGGAAUGUGCCCCCUCGCCGAGUCCGUCGUUCAAUCAAAUUCCGAAGCAACAAGCGCGCUAUUAGCUGCCGGAUGGCCAACGGACAUGGCAAUUCCGUCAAAGCACAAUAUGGUCAAAAUGCUGUUGAAUUCUGAUGCGAAGAUGGACUGUCCGGAAAUGGUGAACGAGACCCCGUUGCAGAUAUCGGUCCAACAAGGAUGCCUCGAAAGUGUAAGGCUUCUGCUGGAUCGCGGAGCUGAUCCGUCUAGGACCUGGAAAGCUGAGCAGACGUUGGAUAAUCACAUCGGAUCGAUUUCGCCUGUAGCAGCAGCCGCAAUAAGAGGCAAUCGAACUGUGCUGACGGCUCUGCUAACAAAAAUGGGCGAAGCAUCCGGAUCGUCAAAACACCGAGUCGAAGUCUUGGGACAGCAUGAUGGCAGCCUGGAAAGCUUGUGUGAAUACGAGAAGCUGACCGAUUCCGGUAAGAAAGCCGUGCGAGAAGCCCUCUACUAUGCCGUGGAGACCGAGAAACCGGAUGUGGCUGUGUUUCUGAAGUAUUUAGUCGACGGCCUACCUUGGUCGACCUUCAUCUGGACAAGAGCCCUCGAAUCGUCCCUCCAAAGAACCGACCCCAGGCUCGUCCACGCAAUCCUCGCUGAUUUCGGCCCAAAUAUUGCUGCGGAUCUGAAUGAGGAGAAUCUGAAUAGAACGCUUGUUGUGAUCUUAAGAGCUCUCCAGCAAGAAUUGUCGUAUCCGGAUGGGGACGCUAGUCCUGCCGCAUUUGCCCUCUCUCGCCUGCAUCACUAUUUUAAGGAGGAUUCAGGAAAUGAGCCGGAAAAAUGCACAUCGCCCACAAUUCCGGUGCACCGGAACAUCAUUGACCCGAGCUAUGUCAACAGCGAGCAGCUGUCGGAUAUCCGAUUCCAGGUCGACGGCAAAAUCGUCUACGGCCACCGCAUCGUGCUCGUCAACGCUUCUGAAAAGUUCAGAAGCCUACUGCAAAGCCCCGACGGGGUCAUCCAGAUCUCCGACGUGCCGUUUGCCGUAUUUUUGUCCCUGAUGGAAUUCGUGUACACCGGGCGGCUAUCGACACCAAGCCGAGGGCCCGGGCAGUUGUUCCAGAUUCUGAAAGCAGCACAGGCCUAUGGACUUCCGGGGCUUGAGACCGAAGUCCUUCGUAUCCUCACCCUCUCCGUCGACAACGCAAAUUUUGUCGAACUCUACAAUUUUGCCAUGCAUCACCAAAUCGAAGACUUAUUAAAGCACUGCGAGAAUUAUCUAUUACUUCACUUACCCACGCUUUGCUCAGAUCCGAACUUCUCUAUCCUGCUCCUCCAACCGCCGCCCAAUUAUGAUGUUUGUUCUGCCAUCCGUGAGCGAUUAUCUACAGAAUUCAUCGAAUGCCGCCGCAAAUCCGCCAGCGGU